CUUCCUUCCAUUUAUCAAAUCUACCACAUCCCGAAUCAAGUCAGAACUUCACUCAACCUAUACCCAUCCCUGAGUGCCAGUCACCAUGCCGACGUCUUACGGAACUUUGCAAUGGGUGGCUCCAAAUCGAGCAAAUGCGAAAUUUUAUGUCGAUGGUGUGGACACCUCCUGCGUUAUGACUCUCAAUGCAGCUGUUCCAAAUUUCGGCACGUCUUCAGCAUCAUUAAAUUACGAUAAUAAAGAUCAACUCUCCGGUACUCGAAGCCUCUAUGGUCACAUUGGUAGACAAGACUUCGAAACCGAUUUUGAAAACGCUCCCAAAAUCCAAGGCGACCUAGACAUGCCUAUCGACCAAUACAUAUCCGUUGAUGGCAAUGCAAUUUGGACACAGUCAUAUUGAUAAUCAAAAAGCUGAAGAAAUAUUUUGACUAGCCCGGAAAAGCAGGCUGGCAGGAGGCCUUCAAUUCGGGACCUGUCUGUCAAAGUGUAAC